AUCUUGCAAUGCCUUCUGGGAUACUAACUUCCGAUUCGCAAAGGUUCAUGGGAAGUAUUUUCUUGGUCAGCGGUUAUCAUUAGCAAUGGCGGACAAGGCCAGCUUUCGCGUUCUGACUGAAGAUGAAAGGAGAAAACUUGAAGACAACAGCAAGGUUGUGUCAGAUUUCAAACAGAAUAAGUUAGAAAAGGAAGCGCAAAAGAAUUGGGAUUUAUUUUAUAAGAGAAACACGACAAACUUUUUCAAAGACAGACACUGGACUACUGCAGAAUUUAAGGAGUUGUUGUUUUACAACUGUGAACCAGAUUCAUGUAAAGUUUUACUGGAGGCUGGAUGUGGUGUGGGAAAUCUUUUCUUUCCACUGCUUGAGGAAAUCCCAAAUCUAUUUAUUCAUGCCUGUGAUUUCUCAAAAAGAGCUGUCCAGUUUGUGAAGGAAAAUCCUGCUUUCAGUGAAGGAAAGGUGAAUGCAUUCCAGUGUAAUUUAACAGUCGACACUUUGGAGUCCCAUGUACCGCAAUGUAGCGUGGACAUUGCAACUUUGGUGUUUGUUCUCUCUGCUAUUCAUCCUGAUAAAAUGCUGGCUGUUCUUCAAAAUAUUAUUCAGGUUCUCAAGCCAGGUGGGAUACUGUUUUUCCGUGAUUAUGGACUGUAUGACCACGCAAUGCUGAGAUUCAAUCCUGCAAAUAAACUUUCAGAUAACUUUUAUGUUCGACAAGAUGGCACCAGAGCUUAUUACUUUUCAAAAGAUAUUGUUGAGAAACUCUUUCAUCAAGCUGGAUUUCAAACACUGGCCAAUGAAUAUGCACACAGGAGAACAGUAAAUAAAAAGGAAGGCAUUGAUGUUCCAAGGAUAUUUGUGCAAGCUAAAUUGAUAAAACCUGAAAAGACCUCCUGACUGUAGCCUUCUCAAUUCUCCGAGGGAUAUUUGAGCACUGCUGAGCACUGCUAUGGUUGAAAGAAUUGCUGGUUCAUUUCAUGCAACUGGGUUGAAAACAAAAAUGAAUAAAAAGAGUUCAAGGCACAGUAAAUACAGUCGUUAGAUGAAUGACGAUGCCCUGGCUUGUGACCAGAUAAAUUAAAUUACAAUAAUUAUUUCCUGAGGAAGCCACAUCACCAUUAUGCAGGUCCUCUAUACUGGUUCAAAUUGGAACUUGGAAAUGUUCCAGUUUUGUGGAGGGAGUGAGUCUGGAGUACUCAGAGAAAAACCUUGGAGCAAGGAGAGAACCAAUAGCAAACUCAACUCAUAUAUUAUGGUGCUGGGCUCACCUGGAAUCAAACCCUGGCGACAUUUGUGGGAGGCGAUCGCUCUCACCACUGCACAAUCCUUGCUCCUCACUAGUGUAAGUUUUAUUGUAAUUCAGCCAUGGAAUGGUGACCCUGUACACCCUAGAAUGAGACUGACAAGACUGCUCCAGAGGAUAUUACAUAAACAAUUAUAAAGGCAGCAAGACUUUCACAGCUUGUAGAACUGGUGGUGUCUUCAAACUGACAAUAGUGAACUUCCCCUCAAAGUUUUCAACGUGAGAUAUGGAGGGGAAAAAAUAAUGUAAACAGUAUCUUUACAAGAGGAACAUCACUUUAUCUUGCCUGUUCCGUUAGCCUGAAUAGAGUAAAUGAAAUGUGUACAUUUAUCACACAAAUAUUCCAUUUAAAAUAUUGUUUUUGACCAACCCAUUCAAUUGUUUUUGUUGCUUUUACAAACUUUGUAGACAAAUUUCAGUGGAGAUUCAAAAUUUUCCUCCAGAGACAGUGGAAUGGGAGAAAAUGGUGAGGUUCUCCAUCUGGUUUUAAGUGAGAAAAGCAAAAUGAGAAUUUUUCUUUCUUCUUUUCUCCUGGAAGAGAGCCAGGCUAGUUGGUCUUAAGUUCCCUCUCAUUUGAACACCAUCAUAUGAUCAUCCCCAAGUCACUUCCUUCAGUCCCUUGCCUGUUCCUGGCUUGGUUACAAUAAAAUGGGUGAAGUACCAGUAAGCUUGUGAGCUCAACCUGUUAUUAAAGUCAGAAAGAAGAACUGGAGUGAGACUUUUCUUGUACAUUAAUUUUUUAAUUUUUAACACAAUCUGACAUAUUUAAGUGCAUGGAACAAAGUAAGUAAUGUGGUGACUGGCGACAUAUAAGACCAUGGGAAUUCCAGCAACAGGUUACCUAUCAGAAUUGGUCAAGGAAAUAAAAUUUAUUUUCCAUGUUCUGCAUUCUGUUUUAUGUUUUCUGUCUUGAGUCUUUUACUUGAGGCAUUGUUUUACAAUAACAUGGGUAAUUUUAUCUGGUACAUUGACAAAGAUUUGACCCUGCUUUGAUCGUUAAAAAAAAAUGUAAAAUUGAGGGAAAAAUAUAUGUCUUACCUGGUUUUCCUUCAGACAUUUAUAUUAUUUUUGCAUACCUAGCUCUCUUUUUUCGCUUCUUGACUUGUAUCGGACGUAGAGAGAAGAGGGACUAAUCAAGUCCAUCACCCAAAACAAAAACAAGUAAGCAAGAAACGAUGUUAUAUAAUUAAUGGGCAUAAUGUGUUGAAUCAUAGGCUUGCACAAGAAUCAGACAAAGCUUGAGUCAAAUCGAUACUUACAGAGCUUUCUGUUUGUUGUAGGAACUAGUACAGUUUGUGCUGUGAUCUGCUCUUCAGGGACAGAGCAAAAAAAAAAA